AUGGGCGAAACUGAUAAAAUAAUCAAUUGGAAAAUUCGAAAUGUGUCGCAAUUGAUUCCGCGCGAAUCGUCGUCGCCUAUCAAAAUCAUCGGCGACCACUUGUGGCGACUCACAGCGUGCACCGGCAACGUCGAAAAGAGCGACGAUGAGAAGUGCCUCGCGACACAUGCGCACUGCUUCUCGUUUAGUAAGGACGACGCCUGGUUUUGCGACGCCGAAAUCGAGUAUCGCAUUCUGUUCCAAUGUCUCAGCAAACGGACGGCGGUGCCGAAAUCGCACACAUUCACUCAUAGAUACGAUGCUCAUCACUCAAAUUUUGGCUUUCCCAAUAUCAUUCGAUGGAGCGAGCUGAUGAAUCCGGACAAUGGAUACGUUCUCAACGAUUCAAUCAUAAUUCAAGCGAAAAUUCGCUACCUCGACGAUUACUUUGUUAUUCCCAUGAUCGGCACCGAACUCGUCGAGCAAACAAUUCAAUGGCGCCUUCCGAACAUAUCUCAACUGUCUACGACAUAUCGCGAAUUGCCAAUGCAAUACAUUUGUAACAACGAUAAUAUUCCUUGGUUCGUGAAGGCAAAUUCGGAAUGCUCGGAUCGAACCGAUCACGAGAAUUACUUGACGACGUUCGUGAUUGUCAAUGAAGACAGCGCCAGCGAUUCAUGGUCAUGCCAGGUCUAUUUCGAAAUUCGUCUCCUCUUCCAGAAGUUGAUAAGCGAUGAUGAUGCUCCAAUAAUGCAUAGCCGAGAGGCAAAAUUGAGUGCGAGCUGCACUCACACGGGAAUUGUCAAAUUCAUAGAAAUGAGCGAGCUGUUGGAUCCGAAAAAUGGAUACAUUCUGAAUGAUUCGGUGAUUCUUAAAAUUCAUUUGAUUCUAUUGAAGACGAACGGAUUUUGA